AAGCGUCACUUUAAUAUCUCAUGUUUUUUGUUCAUCACAAAUUAUUGUAAUUUGAUUUCACACAUUGAUAGCGUUGGUGUCAAUUAAUAAAUAAACUUUUCAGAAGUGUUUCUGCUUGUUGGAGCUUGUUUAAGCGUUAAUUUAAAUAAAUUGAAAGCAAGAAAAGUUUUCGAUGGCCUCCGAAAUGGAAAAUUUUUUAGAAAUGUCUCUUGAUGAGUACAUAGCAACAAAGAAAAGUGGUUUUCGCAAGAUUGGUAACAGCAGUGGCGGUGCCGUGUCUAAACCUUCGGACCAUACCUCGCCUGUCUUUAAAGAUGAGCGACGAAACUCUAAUGAAGUUAAUGAGGAGCUUAAUGAAGACAAGCUUAUGGAUAGUGAUCUGGAGCCACUAGGUGAGCGAUCUCUGCUGAAUUCCAGUGGUAAAUUAAACAAGUCCUUUGGGAUUUGGCGAGGCCCUAGUGCUGAAAAAAAUUUCAUUGAUUUGGAUUACAUGAAGGAUGAAUUCGAUGAGAUGUUCAAUGAUCCAGAGCUACAGAAAUCAUGCAAAGAUAAACAACUAAACCCCCAGCAACAAAUUGACAAAACGGAUUUACGAGAAAGACUUAAUAAUAGCAUAAAUGCAAACAACAAUUGUAGUAGCAUUAACAAGCAGCAGCAACCAUUUGUUCAGCCGGCAAAAAAAUCAAACAAUAGGGACACAAAUGCUAAAUUGAGAUCAAAUAUGCAAACGCAACAAAAUUCUAUGUCUUUAACAAGCCUCAAUUCAGAUGGUAGCUUUAGCAGUAAUGGACAAAAUCGUCGACGCUGGAAUGGCAAAAGGAACUUUCGGAGGCGGAAUAACGACGGAUGUGGGAAUAGCGGAAACGGAUUUGUGAAUAAUAGUGGUCAAAAUUUGAAUAGGUAUAAUAAUAAUCGCAAUGGAGGAGGUUGUGCGGGAGUAUAUAACAACAAUAACAUUUCUAUGAAUAACAAUGGGCGAAUACAACGUUUUAAUCAACGCAACAAUCAAGAUAGUCUGAACAAAAGAAUCAAAACUGUUUUGGAUCAAAUCAACGGCACAAAUUCAAUUUAUGUCAAUAAGCAGGUGGGCUCUGUUCGUGAUUUGACUAUUGAAUGCCCAAGUGUAUCAUUCCCAGGACGACUAACAACAGGAGCUGUACAAACUGUUGCACAGCAAACUCUACAGUCACAAGCAACGCAAACGCAAAAUGAGUUGAAAGCUUUGCUCGGCGUUAAUGAAAGUAACUUAAAAGGCGAUACGAUGGCGAUGUUGGCUGGAAAACUAUUGGACUUGUUUCAAUCUAGCCAACAGCAGACAAUACACAAGCCUAUCUAUGAUAUGCAAAUUCAAAAGGAAAUUCAUGAGUUGCAGGGCAAAUCUUUAUUAUAUAAAUGUCCCAGUGGGGAAGUUGUAAGUUCUGACGGAACCGGAAUCGAUAAUUGUAAAAUUACACCGAGUUCAAGUGGUGUAACACUCAAUUAUAGGUUUGGCUGAAAAGGAAAAGAUCUUUCAGUGUUUGUAGAUAUACAAAAACAACAAGAAAAUUCAAUAGGAAUAUGGAUUGGCUUUUUUUUUUUUUUUUUUUUUUUACUUUUUUUAUGGAAAAACAAGGUAUUUUAAGUUCAAUGCCAGCUCAUUUGUUAUGCAUUCACUUCUGUAUUAUUUUCAUUGAAUUAUAAAAGAAUUAAAUUAAAGUUGAAUUGCAGUAUAA